AUGUUGGAACACGAAAAGGAGAAAUUAUUAUCGAUAAAUUUAGAUUAUGAUAAAUAUUGGGUUCCAAUAAAUUGGACAUAUAACUUAAUAUUUGAUGCGAGAAGAGCCCAAAAAAUUACUUCUGAUGUUAUGACCAAUAAAUUAUGCGAUGUAAUCGUUAUUUUUUUCCUCAUUUUUAGAAAUAAAUAA